GACGAGGAUAAAGCGGCAGCCGAGCCCCCGGCCCAGCCGAGAGCCGGGGAAGACGGAACACAGGGGACAGACGUGACCAAAGCCGGGGAAGAUCGGGUGGACGAAACUGUCAAGGAGAUGCUCGAGGAAAUAAGCAAGAUACAAGAUUGGAUUACCGUGAACAAGAUCAAGAUCCACGACAUCGAUUCGACGACCGUUGACGUGAGCCAGCGGCUCACGACAGUCACAACCACUCUGACAAAACACGAUGAACGACUCGGCAUACUAGACGUACAUCGGCAAACACAACAGGGUCUACGAGGGACUAUGGGUAACUACGGCCGGCAACUCCAAGAACUCAACGAUCGGCUCGGCGUGCUCGAUGAAAUUUCCAAAAGUCGAGAUGCCCGGCAGGGUCUCUGUAGCCGGGAUCUCGAGGCCGCCAUCAAAGAGCUGAACACACGCGCCGCACAACGCGCAACACUACAGUGUGCAGUCACAGACCACGACCAGCGUCUUAAAGGCUUCGACGAGCGUCUGGAAUCCCUAGACAGAGACGUACGCCGCCCAGACAAAGAUGCCUGGCACGGAAAAGUGACAGAACUAGACCGACUUCAAAAAGAACUCGGCGACCGUCUGAAAACAUUCGUCGAGCGUCUCGACAGUCUCGAAGCCCACCGUCAGCGUCAGGAGUCCUGGCCGGAUAAGGCCACGGACCACGACCGGCGUCUCAAGGCGCUCGAAGAACGGUCCUCCUCUAACGACGACGCUCUACGAGUCUCAAAGGAAGAGACGGACGCUCGAGACAAUCGACUUGCCGCGUUAGAGGAGCGUAGUCGCACUUAUGAUACCUUCGGGGACACAUUCGAUGACCACCAGCAACGACUCGCGAAACUCGAAAGCCUUUCCCGUGACAUGGAAACUUUCGGAGAGGGGGUAUUCGAACUUUUUAGUCGCGUCGACUCUCUCGAACGCAACCCUCCCGUCCCAGCCACAACAGCGGCCCCCUGUGCUGGCACUGAGAACAACGACGACCCCGGCCGGCGGAUAACCGAGUACGAGAAAGUAGUCAAUGAACAAAACACCCGGCUCCAGGAGCAAGAAUCGGCCAUCCGAGAGAUGCGCGCUCAGUUGGCACAGCUGGCAGCCAAGCAGGACCGUGCCGACGCGGCGCAGGACCAGCAAUCGACGAGCCUAACCAAGGUGGAGAAGGACCUGGGCUUCGUCAAGUUGGCCGUGGCCUCCCAGUCGGCGAACAGAGGGCUGGAGGGCCAGCUGGUCAAGUGCCUGGAGAUGGCGCAGAUGUUUCACCGGCGGGAAAACUUCCCGACGAGGGAGCACAUGGAGGCAUCGGCGCAGCUUAUUGCUUGUCUCGAGGCGGCCAAAAGCUCGCUGGCGGUAUGCCGGAAUGCCUGAGCCUCGAUACGAUGGGAUGGGAUGCGCUCAGCAAUUGACAAGGAAAAGGAAAGAAAGAAGAAAAGUCAUCCAUGGGUUUAACAACGGUGGGCAGGGGGAGUAUACGAUUGCCGCUCAAUCAUGAGCAUAUGAUCAGGGAGACUGCCUUAGUCUUGUCCCCUUACAAAAGUCCCCAGAAAUCACGAGGAUCGUGGUAUUUGGACCUCUCGUUGAGACAGACCAUGAAUAGCUGUCUUU